CAUCCGCACGUCUUUGACAGUGUUGUACGUUCUGCCAAUAUGUUCAAAUUCAUCUUAGUGACUGUUUUUCUGACGACUUCGGUUUUGGGUGCCCCCCCGGCCGCUGUUAGAAAUGACGAAGACUUAGAUGGAAGGAUCGUUGGUGGAACUGCGACCACCAUCCAGGCCCACCCAUACAUCGUCUCCCUGCAAGCACCGAACCACAUCUGCGGAGGUGCCAUUCUUUCUUCGACCUGGAUCCUUACCGCCGCCCAUUGCCUUGGUAGGCCGGUUAACGUGUAUUCCAUCCGUGCUGGAUCGACCGUUCGCAAUUCCGGGGGACAGGUGAUUGACGCCCGCAGGCUCAUCAUCCAUGCAAGUUACAACUCUCGCACGAUUGAUUUCGACAUCGCCCUUGUCCAACUCGCCAGCCCCAUCACCAUCGCCGUAGCACGUGCUAUCACCAUGGCAGCCCAAGGUGGCGCCCCAGCAGCCGGACUGACUGCCACAAUCACCGGAUGGGGAGCCCUCUCGGAAAACGGACCAUCAGCAACUACCCUUCAGGUCGUCCAGGUCCCCAUCAUCAGCCAGGCCAAUUGUCGGGCUGCUUAUGGGCAGAGCGCCAUAACCGACAGGAUGUUCUGUGCUGGACUUUUGGGAGUCGGCGGGAGGGAUGCUUGUCAAGGCGACUCUGGCGGCCCUCUGAUUGCCAAUGGAGUUCUUACUGGUAUUGUGUCGUGGGGGGCCGGAUGCGCACGUCCAAACAGCCCCGGGGUCUACGCCAGUGUUCCCAAUUUGAGAGCUUGGAUUAGGACCAACAGUGAACAAGAUUAUGUCAAUAAUGGGCCGAUAAAAUCAACUUACGUUCUUGAAAUUGCGUAUAUAAAUGCUUACCAUCCGCACGUCUUUGACAGUGUUGUACGUUCUGCCAAUAUGUUCAAAUUCAUCUUAGUGGCUGCUUUUCUGACGACUUCGGUUUUGGGUGCCCCCCCGGCCGCUGUUAGAAAUGACGAAGACUUAGAUGGAAGGAUCGUUGGUGGAACUGCGACCACCAUCCAGGCCCACCCAUACAUCGUCUCCCUGCAAGCACCGAACCACAUCUGCGGAGGUGCCAUUCUUUCUUCGACCUGGAUCCUUACCGCCGCCCAUUGCCUUGGUAGGCCGGUUAACGUGUAUUCCAUCCGUGCUGGAUCGACCGUUCGCAAUUCCGGGGGACAGGUGAUUGACGCCCGCAGGCUCAUCAUCCAUGCAAGUUACAACUCUCGCACGAUUGAUUUCGACAUCGCCCUUGUCCAACUCGCCAGCCCCAUCACCAUCGCCGUAGCACGUGCUAUCACCAUGGCAGCCCAAGGUGGCGCCCCAGCAGCCGGACUGACUGCCACAAUCACCGGAUGGGGAGCCCUCUCGGAAAACGGACCAUCAGCAACUACCCUUCAGGUCGUCCAGGUCCCCAUCAUCAGCCAGGCCAAUUGUCGGGCUGCUUAUGGGCAGAGCGCCAUAACCGACAGGAUGUUCUGUGCUGGACUUUUGGGAGUCGGCGGGAGGGAUGCUUGUCAAGGCGACUCUGGCGGUCCUCUGCUUGCCAAUGGAGUUCUUACUGGUAUCGUCUCGUGGGGGGCCGGAUGCGCACGUCCAAACAGCCCCGGGGUCUACGCCAGUGUUCCCAAUCUGAGAGCUUGGAUUAGGACCAACAGUGGUA